CGGGGGGACCGUGAGGGAACCGUGAGGGAAGCGAAGGCUUUGGGGACUCCGCCCAUCCCCGAUGCGGGGUGCCCUCCUCGCCGCCGCGGCCGCUGCCAUGGGUGGCCCGGGCGGGCCCUUAGCCCGCACCAUCCGUGCCAAGCUGACCGCCGCCCUGCAGCCCACGCACCUGGAGGUCCGCGAUGACUCCCCGCGGCACGGGGGCCCCCCCGGCGCCGAGACGCAUUUCGGGGUGCUGGUGGUGAGCGCGCUCUUCGCGGGGCUGUCGCCGCUGCAGCGGCACCGCCUGGUGCACGAGGCGCUGCGGGCCGAGCUGGCCGGGCCCCUGCACGCCCUGCAGGUCACGGCCCGCACCCCCGAGCAGUGGCAGAGCGACCCCCAGAACCCCCCCGCGCCCCCCUGCCUGGGGGGGUCCAAGAGGGAGAAACGGCGCGGGGCUGGGCAGCAGGAGGAGGAGGAGGCGGCGGGGAAGCAGUGACGGCGCUGGGAGAGCCACGGGAACGGCGUGGGGAUGCUGGGACCCCCCCCAAAAAAAACUGUGUGAGGCUGCCAGGAGCCCCCCGGGAACAACAGGAACCCCCCAGGGACCCCCG